UCACGUUGUAUUUUGAGAAUAGUUUUCAACGUUUUAAUUACUGCGGUUUCUUGAAAAGCAAUAAGAAACGAAUCUUUUUAUGCAGUGGCUUUCAUAAUUCUAAAAAUUUAACUAUGCAUACUGAAUUUGCCGACGUUUAUAAUUUUUUAAAAAGAUGCAUAUAUCCAAAGACAGCUAUUAGUAAAGGCGAUAAGUCGAACUUUCGAAGAAAAACAAAACCAUUUGUAAUUGAAGAUAAUGAGCUGUAUCAUCUGGGUAAAUCUGGCGUUAAGAGAAAAGUUAUUUGGUGCAAAGAAGAGCAACAUAUAAUUAAGUCUGUUCUGAUAUUUUGAUAUUUCUAAUGAGGCUAACGCAUUAUCUGGCCACAUAGGCAUCAAUUCAACAACAGAGCAUAUUAAAAAGAGAUUUUUUUGGUUUGGUAUGAUAAAAGACAUUACAGCCUAUGUUUCAGAAUGUGAUAAUUGUCAAAAAGCAAAAAACAAGAAACUUCAAGUUAAACCAUUGUUACAAAGCAUAUCGAUUCCAAAAGGUAACAUGAAACAGGUUGGGAUUGAUUUGACUCAACUCCCAGAAGUAAAUGGAUAUAAAUAUCUGAUAGUACUAGUUGAUUAUUUCAGCAAAUGGGUAGAAGCUGAACCUCUUUUUGAUAAAACAGCAAAAUCUGUUGCAAUAUUCCUGUAUAAACAAAUAUGUAGACACGGGUGUUUUGAAAUACAGAUUAACGAUCAAGGCCGUGAAUUUGUAAAUUAGCUUUCAAAUGAACUUCACAGAAAAACUGGGACUCGCCAACGCAUGACGAGUGCAUACCAUCCACAAGCAAACGGUUUAGUAGAACGUCAAAAUCAGUCAAUAAAACGAACAUUGGUAAAGGUGCUAGAAGAUUCUGCUCUUGAAUGGCCAUUUAUUAUUGACGCUGUUUUAUUUUCAAUGCGAAUUAGAAAACACAAAUCAACUGGAUUUUCACCCUUUGAAUUACUUUAUCAAAGAGAACCUUUUCUGCCGAUUGAUAUAGAUCAGAACCUAAUUGACUAUAAUGAUAAUGCUACUCUGAUUGAAGACGAUUCCCAAAACAAAAAAACAAUUUUGGAAACAUUCAAUAAAAUGAAUGAAAUGAAGAAAUGUAUUUUCGAUGAAGCUUACGAAAACAUCCAAAAGUCACAAGUAAGGCAAAAACGCGACUAUGACGAAAGAGUUAACCCAAAGAAUAGUAUUGCUAUAGGAACAAAAGUUUUAUUGCGAAAUCAUAAACGUGAUGACAGAAAAGGUGGAAAGCUUGUUAAGCCACGGAUAGGACCAUACACGGUAACUAAUAUUUCAAGUACUAAUAACUGUAGUUUAAAAAUUAAUAAAAUGUAAUAUUGAAAAAAAAGUACAAUCUAACAAGUUUGUCCUUGUACAAAGAAAAAACACUUAGUAAUGGAAGCAUUCAAAUAGAAGAAGUAAACAAAUUAUCAAAUGAUAAUGAUAUCAAAAUUGAACCAGUUAUCAAAGACGUUGAAUCAAGCAAGUCAUAUAUAAAUACUCAACAUGAAAGCUGUGUAAGUGUUUUAGACAAAGAAAUAGCAAAAUGUGCAACUUUUGAUAUGAGAAAAUUAAUUGCAGAAAAGUUUGAAAUUGUUUGGAAACACAAUGUCGCCGUAGGAAACAUAAACCUAACUCUUUGUCCUCAGGGACUCCAUAAAAUUAAAGGAGAUGGAAACUGCUUUUUUAGAGCAGUUUCUUUUAUCAUAACAGGAAGUGAGGAUGAGCAUAAGCAAAUUAGAGACAAGGUUGUUAACCAUAUGUGUAACCAAAUACAUGAUGAAAUGACUGGAUAUUUGAGUAUGCCAAUUCAAACGCAUAUUUGUAAAACUAGGAUGCUUGAAGAUGCGACAUGGGCAACUGAUGCGGAGAUAAUUGGAUGUGCUUCAUUUAUGGAAGUGGAUAUUCAAGUAUACAGCAAAUAUGGAGAGAAAACAAAAUGGAUGAUCUACCCAUGCAGUUUUCGGCUUAAUAAGUUAAGUGACUAUUCUAUAUUUUUAGACAAUUCAACUGGGUUCCACUUUGAUGUUGUGAUUAAUAGUUGAAAAUCUAGUCCAUAUACAUAUGUAUUUCUUUUACGAGUUUUAAAUAAUGCUGUUUAAUUUCAA